AUGGAUCAAGCAAAGCUAGAAAGGGAUGCAGGUAAGAAGGGUCUUCGUCAAGGGGAUCCUAUAUCCCCUUGUCUAUUUGUACUGGCUAUAGAGGGAUUAUCACUUUUGCUUGAAGAGGCUGUAGCUUCUCCUCUGUUUAGUUUUCAUCCUAAAUGCAAGGUUGUGAGGUUUAAUCAUUUAUGCUUUACUGAUGACCUGUUUGUCUUCUUUGCUGCAACUUGCAAUUCUGUUUUAGCAAUUCUUAAUGCUCUUGCUGAGUUUGAAUCUUUGUCGGAUAUGAGGGCUAAUCCUUCCAAGAGUUCCAUCUUUAUGGUUGGAGCUUCUUGUGAGGUAAAGCAGCAGAUUUUGUCUUUGCUCCAUAUGCAAGAAGGGAAGCUCCCUAUGAGAUACCUGGGAGUGCAUUUGAUCACUAAAAGUUUAUCUUAUUUAGAUUGUGAAGUUUUGGUUGGUCGGAUCAAGUCCUGGACUUUGAGGAAGUUUUCCUUUGCUGGUCGUUUGCAACUCAUAUCCUCUGUGCUUCUCAGUUUGCAGGUCUAUUGGACUAAAGUGUUCCUUUUGCCCAAACAAGUCAUUAAACUGAUUGAGCAGAAACUUAAUAAGUUCAUGUGGGGAAGAAGUGAUUCUAGAACUCAUGCUAAGGUGGCUUGGGAGAAGAUUUGUGCUUCUAAGAAGGAAUGA